GAUUUAUGAUGCCAUGGAUUCCAUAUGCACAACAGACACAGGCUACCAUCCCCAUGGUUUGAUUAAUCAAGGGGCAACCUGUUAUUUGAACAGUGUGCUGCAGGUGUUCUUCAUGACCAAGGACUUCAGAGAGGCUGUUGAAAGUGAAGUGUUUCCUACUGGUCAAGAACAAGAGACCAUUGAUCACAAGCUUAAAAGGCUGUUUCAAAAAUUAAAAGAAAAAGAAGCUGACACAAAGGACAUUUCUUGGACAUUGGACAUUCAAACCGUAUAUGAGCAACGUGACGCUGCUGAGUUUUUUGAGAAGAUUUUAAACGCGGUCAAGAAUAAUGUGUCUAAGAUCUUCGAAGGACAAUUGUCGCACACUAUCUCCUGUGCAAAUAGUCAUAUUUCCAAUAUUGAACCUGGUCCAUUUUGGGUUCUGCCCCUCUCCAUGGACGUAACCUUAGGCCCUGGUCAAAGCUACAGUGUGAAUGACGGUUUUGAGGAGUUUUUUGAGAAAUCAACUAUCACUGGGGACAAGCUGUACUGUGCUAAAUGCAAUGAAGAAGUGGAAGCAACAACUGCAUGUAAGAUGGUACAUCACCCAGAGAUUCUGACUCUGCUACUCAAGAGGUUUGAGUUUGACUACCAUAGGAUGACAUAUGUCAAAAUCAACUGCUCUGUGGACGUUCCUCACAAAUUACAGACAGAGAAUGGGGCAUAUGAACUCUAUGCAAUUGUGGACCAUGAAGGAAGUCUAAGAAGUGGACAUUACACUGCUACAAUCAGGUCCUAUGAGGAUCAGAAGUGGUAUUUGUUUAAUGACAGCAACGUAAGCCUGAUCGCAUUGGAACCAAACUUAAGGUAA